UACCGCGAGCAGAAGUGGUCGCGGUCGUCGUCUCAAUGCAACUUUCCUAACUAGAGUCUCUUUUUCGUAAUUUUACCCGACUACUUUGCGUGAAAGAAGGUGAUCAAGAUCCUUGAGCCAACACAUCAGUAUGGCGUCAGGCAACCUGGACCAGUGGGUGAAGGACGAGCUCUAUGAUGUCCUUGGAAUCAGUGACAGAUACAUUGCAGAAUUCCUUGUCGGACUUGCCAAGAGGGCAUCUAGCAGUUCAGACUUGGUACAGCGAAUCAGGCAGACUGGGACCAUUGAUAUCUCAGAUGGUGUGGUCAGGUUUGCAGGAGAACUCUUCAAUAAGAUACCGAGGAAGCAGCAAGCAGUAAAUCCCAAUAGAUUGAAAGAGAAGCAAGCGAUAGAACAAGAAUUGAAGAAUAGGUCGUACAAGCUCCUUUCGGAUGAUGAGGAAGAAGAAGAGCAACUGGUUAGAAUGGUCAGAGAGAAGAGACAGAAGACUACUGGUAAAAAGAGACAGCACAUCAGAAAACAGAAACAAGAGAGUAGUGAUGAAGAUAGCGAGCCAGAGCCCAAGAGGCAAGCUCAUAUUAAGAAGGAGUCAAGUUCAGAAUCUGAUAGUACGGAGGAUGAAGAGAAGGAGAGGAGGAGGGAUUUAGAGGAGAGAGAUGCAUUCGCUGCCAGAUUGAGAGACAAGGAUAAAGAACGAACAAGGAAGAAAACUGAUAAGAGCAGCAAGAAGGACUUGGCCGAGGCCAAGCGAAGAUUGGAAAAGGCCGAGGAGGACCGGAGGAUGAUAGUACCAGACCUUAGGAAGGAGUCCCGUCAGAAGUACCUGAAGAUGAGGAGAGAGGAUAAACUGAAGGAGUUGGAGGCCGACAUUCAUGAUGAGGAAUAUCUCUUUGCACAGGAAAGUUUAACAGAGCGGGAGAGAAAAGAGAUGAAGUAUAAGAAGACUGUGCUGAAUCUUGCCAAGGAGCACAAAAGCGCUGGAGAGAAAGAAAGAGAAGGAAGAUACUAUAUGCCAAAAGAUGAUGAGAAACCAUCAGAGCGUUAUGUGGAACCCGUGGGAGAGGAAGGAGCAGCGAACUAUGAACAGAAGAGGUGGGAGGAUGAACAUGUUCGUAAAGGGGAGAUGCACUUUGGAGCUAAAGAUGCUAAGCAAAGGCACAAGCAAAAGGAAUAUGAUCUAGUGGUCGAUGACUUUGAAGAGAUCGAGUUUGUUGCUGCCUUCACUGCACCUGGAACCAUCAAAGAGAGCGAUGAUGACGAAGAUGAUGAUGAACCUAAGAUGUCGGCUUUAGAGAGAAAGAAACAAUCCAUUCAGGAGGUUAGAAGGAGUCUUCCAAUCUAUCCAUUCCGUGAUGAUCUGAUCUCGGCUAUCAAGGAUCAUCAAGUCCUGAUCAUAGAGGGCGAGACGGGAUCAGGAAAGACCACACAGAUCACACAGUAUCUGCAUGAGGCCGGAUUUACCAAGAAAGGAAUGAAGAUUGGUUGCACUCAACCCAGGAGGGUUGCUGCUAUGAGCGUAGCUGCAAGAGUUGCAGAAGAGAUGGGCAUCAAACUCGGCAAUGAGGUUGGGUAUAGUAUUAGGUUUGAAGACUGCACUUCUGAUCGUACAAUCAUCAAGUACAUGACUGACGGUAUGCUCCUCAGGGAAUUCCUUGGGGAACCUGAUCUCGCUAGCUACAAGGUACUAAUUGUUGAUGAAGCUCACGAAAGGACUCUCCAUACUGAUAUUCUCUUUGGUUUGGUUAAAGACAUCGCAAGAUUCAGACCAGACCUGAAGCUGCUUAUCUCUAGUGCUACGCUUGACACAGAAAAAUUUGCUGAAUUCUUUGAUGAUGCUCCAAUCUUCAGGAUACCUGGAAGACGCUACCCUGUAGACAUCUUAUAUACCAAAGCACCUGAGGCUGAUUUCUUAGAUGCCUGCGUGAUCUCAGUUCUUCAAAUUCACCUGACGCAACCCGAUGGUGAUUGUCUGGUCUUCUUGACCGGUCAAGAGGAGAUUGAGACGUGUAUGGAAAUGCUUCAGGAGCGGGUUAAGAAGCUUGGUAACAAGGUGAAAGAACUCCUGGUCCUACCCAUCUACUCCACCCUCCCCUCAGACCUUCAGGCCCGCAUCUUUGAGCCCACUCCUCCUGGGGCGCGUAAGGUUGUCCUGGCAACCAACAUCGCAGAGACGUCCUUGACGAUAGAUGGCAUCAUCUAUGUGAUUGAUCCAGGGUUCUGCAAACAGAAGAGCUACAAUGCAAGGACGGGCAUGGAGUCCUUGGUAGUUACGCCAAUCUCAAAGGCAUCAGCCAAUCAGAGAGCUGGUCGAGCUGGGCGUGUGGCCGCAGGAAAGUGUUUCCGUCUCUACACAGCAUGGGCCUUCAAGAAUGAAUUAGAAGAGAACACUAUACCUGAGAUUCAGAGGACCAACCUCGGUAACGUGGUCCUCCUCCUCAAGAGCCUUGGUAUCAACGAUCUGAUCCACUUUGACUUUAUGGACCCUCCCCCUCACGAGACCCUGGUCCUGGCCCUGGAGCAGCUCUAUGCCCUCGGUGCACUCAACCACAAAGGUGAACUCACCAAGAUGGGCCGCAGGAUGGCAGAGUUUCCUGUGGAUCCCAUGUUGGCCAAGAUGAUAUUAGCAUCAGAGAAGUAUAAGUGUUCAGAGGAGAUCCUCAGCAUUACUGCCAUGCUGUCUGUCAAUAAUGCUAUCUUCUACCGACCCAAAGAUAAGAUAGUCCACGCUGACAACGCAAGGGUUAACUUCUUCACUCCUGGCGGUGACCAUCUCACGCUACUCAAUGUUUACAAUCAGGUAAGAUUUUAUUUUUGUUCCUCAUCUAGAUAUUUUUUAUGGCUAGAAUUCACAAAGCUUAGGAAGUUGGAGAUGAGGUUUGCGAGAAAGUCUCAAUUUUUGAAAUAUACAGAAAGCAGAAAAUUUUUAAAGACUUGUGGAAGAAUGGAGAAAACACCAAAUUUUACAGAAAAUGCCGUUUUUGAGGCAAAAAAAAUUACAAGAAGUGAAAGGAAAAUCAUGAAAAUAAUCCAAGAAAACGGUUGA